GCACGGAGAGUUCAGUUCUGCUCUGGCUACAGGGCAAGUAGUACCGUCUCAAAACGCGUCUCCCUGCACCACCUUUCGAAACUAGCGUUUGCUAACCGUUUAUGGUUAUCCCGUGAAGUGAUAGAUUAACCUGACACCCUGUUCUGCAGAUGCGGCGAGAUACUCGGCUGCAAUUGGUGUCCUCAUACUCGAGUUGAAUUGGCAUAUGUGCAAAUGUACGUACGUACAUGAAAAUCUGUGCUAAAUAAUAAUUGCGGUUUUAUAGACACAUACAUACGCUUUACCAAAAACAAUUCUUUGUCUUGUAAAAAAAUGUGAUUUCCUCCUUAAAAAGCAUGUAGAAACUUUUUUCUGGAUAUUUCUCACCGUCGUAGCAUUUGUAUGUCAGUACCUUUAAAAGAAUGUGACCAUUACAUAUUCAUGUAUUAACAUGUAACUCCUGGAAAAUGAGUAUGUUUAAAUAAAUUUAUUUGUGCUGUUAGAAAGUAAAAAUGUACUUUCAGUUUGUUUGUUGAAAUCGAAUUUCUUUAAUUGCUGUUCAAUUCUACCUUAAAAAGUAAAUGGAUUCAGCAAUUGGAUGGGAUUUGGAGUAUAAACCUAUUAACUUGUUAUAUUCUACAACAUUUGAAGGACUCAAGAAUCCCUACAACUGACUUCUGAAACUAUGAUUGAAUCAUGAAAUGGAGCUCUUUUUGGGCUAAACAAACUCUACUGUGCAAUACAUUCGUUUCAUAAGAACAAAAUUUACCCAGGGAAAUUCCAAGACCCCAAAAAACCAAGAACAAAUCAAGUCAAAGUUCUUCCCCCAGUAGAAAGUGGAUCCAUUCAUGAGUAAGAAGAAGGAUGACCACCACGUCCCUCAUCCAUCAUAAACCCCCUCCGCUCCAAACGAGGAACCCGACUGUUUACCUUCGCAACAAUUACUAUGGGUCCAUGGGAAGGCCAAACCAUGGUCGGAGGAAGAGUGCAGUAGAAUUGCUUCAAGAGACGAAAGCAUUUUACGUGAAAUCCGAAAGUGUAUUGGACAACAAGCAAGAGUUUAAGAAUGCGGAACAUCUUCAUGUGACAACUAGUCCCCAGUCUCCCACAUUUAACAUGUCACUUGGACACAGCUACCGAGACCGAGGUGGACCCCCAUCAGCCCCACCCACAAUGUCAAACUUUCCCUACACCAUGUUCACCUACACAUGCGGAACAUGUCCCCCGUACCCCCACGAGCACUUGGACCACUUGCAUCUAAUGCAUUCAAAUUACCUCAACUCCAUUAAACGGGAGAAACACCAUCACCAAAGUCACCACAAAAGUUCGAAGCACAGCAGCAAUUCAAAUACUAAUCAUUACUCCCAACCACCCAAAAUCGUUGAUGGAACCAAGAGCAACAAUUUUGGAGAAAAUUGGGGGGAAUAUGUCGAGAAAAAGACGAAGCACUUCUCCUCGUCCUCUGGAAAGAGGAACUCUGCUGCACCACAACCAGCCCCUCCUCCUGGAAUCGCCCAACCCAUCCCACGCAAGGAGUUGGCCUCCAACCACUCGAGUGGGAGUGGAAGUGGUAAAAGCCAUAGCUCGGCUCCCAAAAUAGCUCCGGCAGGAAUGGUGGUCCCCACACUCGUUUCGAACGGUGAAAUGUGUCCUCCCACCACAACUGGAACCAUGACUUUCACCUCAUUUAGUCAGAGUGGGUCUCUGUACAGCAGCCUGGAGAAACAUGUCACUGCGAACUUGCCAAUUGUCAACUUGAAACCAAAUCAAGGGAAAGUGCGAAAGGACGACCAUGGAGAAUCUGACAGUCCUCCCCCACUCCCACCGAAAAGUCCACGCACAAGCUCCAAGCCUAGCAGACCUUCUGACUUUCCACAACGUCUCAACCAAAUUUUACCUCCCCCGGUCGCAGUCCUCGAACAAAUCACCAACCAUAUUAUCCUGCCCCCACCACCCCCACGCAAAAAUCGGCACAAGAGUGGAGAAAACACGGGAACGGUCAUCCGACGAAGUCAAGCUCGCAACUCCUCCUCUUCCACCACGGAUGCCACAGUUCAACCAAUGACGCUUCCAUCACCAAUUUUGCCCCCAACCCCACCAGACGUGGUCAUGGAGUCUCCGAUGUCCGAUUCUGGGCCCAUCAUUUCUCCACCACCCGCAUUUUCCACACCAGUCACACCCAUGUUGGACAGACAAGGCUCAUGUGUAAGCGACCGCUCGGUGAAAACCUUUGGGGCUUCUACUACCACACCUCCAAUCUCGGCCCAACUAGCAAAGGUCCCUCUUUCCGCUGCGGUAUCCAUGUCUGGAGUAUCCUCCAUCUCAAGCAGGUCUCAAAGUCAUGGCGAUGAUGUGUCCAUGAACAACAGUCCGUUGGAUCGGUCCCGUUCUCGGUUGUCGUCGUCUAGUCCCAUGUCACACCAGGACAUGGAAAACAAUUCAGCUUCGCAUCCCGUCAGUGUGAGUCGUCGACCUUCUGAGAGUGCGUCCAACUCUGUUUUCAACAGCAAUGUGAGUAUAGCGCAAAACACUUCGAGGUCAAACUCCAACACGGCAUCUCCCUCAGAGGAGGAGAACAACGGGGAUGAGUCCGAGGAGGGUGGAAUUUCUGGGGACGAUGUGGACGGGGAUGAUGACGACUCUUCCAGAGCAGCAGAUGACAAUGUGCAGCAUUAUUUAUCAGUUUCUUCAAAUACUAAGCAGCUGAGUCGAAACAAUAGUCGCAAGUCUGCCACGUCUGCGGAUGGCGUCACCUCAACGACAUCUCCAUACACCUCGCUGGGAGUAAGAGAAAAGUCUCCGAGUCGGGGCCAAAGCAAAAUAUCUUCCACUUUGUCUUCUGGAGAAAUGGGCAAGAAAAGUGGGGAUCGUAUGAGCAGUAUCUCCUUCAGCAAGGGUGCUGGAGAAAGCAGUAAGAGUGGGAAGUUGUCCAAAUCCAUUACUUCUCUGUGCCGUGCUACCACCUCGCAACAGUCGGAGUUGCAAAAUCCGGAAGGAAAUCAUUACAUGGAAGUUGGCCAAAGUCUGUCCAUGUCACAUGCGUCUAAACCUGCUCGAAAUGCUUCUCCUCCAGUACGACGCCCCAGCCUCUCGCGCUCAAAGUCGGACAUCGGCCGGUAUAUGAAAGCGAGUCGGAGUGCGACGCUGACUCCGGGCUUUACUCUGGUCCAUGUGGACUUGGGACCCCCUCCUCCAGUCCCUCUGCACUCCUCAGUCUCCACUUCCGACUUCCCAUCAGCCACAACUGCCCAUGCCUCACUCGGAAAAAGUUCUCUGUAUCAUCAAGCACCGCAACCAAAGCAUCAACACCACCACAGCCACCAGCACCACCAAAGUCAUUACCAACAACUAUCCCAUCCGACUUACGCCCACGCUUACCACACGCUUCAACCCUCCUCCCACUACAGUCAAGGGCACAACAUCUCUCACCACCAUAAUUCUCUCCUCUCCACCUACCAACAACCUCACAUUUAUGCUCGACCUUCAUCCUCAACCUAUGAAAAUCUGGUCCUUCAAGGAGGGAAAGCCGAGCUAGAUCGAUUUUUUGACCAACUUGGACUAGACAACAAAAUUGAUUCGCUUUCUCCCUUUUCGCCCCAACUUCACACACAUCACGCCAAAGGGAAGGAAGGCGACGCGACUAAAGGGGAUGAUGACGAGUCUCCUGUUUUCUUCUCCAGCGUAUCCAGUGUGGACUCUUGUGCUCGGAGGAGUGGGAGUGGUGACUCUGAGGAUUCUCCAGUUCAACCUGGUGGCAAACCUUGCCAAAACUCAAAAACCGUCAGCGGUGCUCCACCCAACAACAACCAAGCUUAUGGAAACAAUAAUCAUAACGCCACCACUCUUGUGGUACAUCAUGGGGAACCUUCAAUUGUCGAGCGAAAUGCGCGGGUUAUCAAGUGGCUUUAUAGCAUACGGCAUAAGACCAAUUGACUGUAAGAUGUUCUCCUGCGGUUCUAAUUCCAACCUCAUCAAGCCCUGAACAUCAAAUUGUCAUAAAAUCCAUGUCACAGAGAAGCCUAGCCCAAAAGAUUUGCGUCAUUGUUCGACUAAAAAGUCCAGCCACAAAAUAAUUCCGGGUUCAAACAAUUUUCCUAUUGAUGCAAAUUUAUAUAUGUAUUCAAGUUUGGCCGAAAACAGUUGUGACGUGUUCGUACUUGCAUAUAGAUAAUUUGAGACAUCUGCUACGUAUGGAUCAUUGCUAAACUCAUAAUGUUGACUUGAAUUCUGGAUGAAUAGGGAAAAAUGAAUUGAAUGAGAUUGAAAAAAUGGAAAAAGGGAGAAGGCUGCCCGGUGAAAUUUUAUUGUAUACUGGUUCUAUAACUCUUAGAAUUUUGACUGAUUUAAAUUGUAAUGGCAACUUUCUAGAUCCAUUUUCCAAAACGCAGCGGUUUUGAAAACCUUUAAGACAUAUUGCACCAUCACUAAUGACGCAUAUAUACAUCUUGUAUAGUAUGCUAGUACUGUUGCUAUUUGGUUAAUAAGCAAUGCAUAAUUGUGACCUACUCCUCCAGACUCGAUGCCAAACGAAAGAUAGGCGUGAUAGGCCAGUUGUGGCAUAUCUCCACAUUUCCAUGAAGUUACAAGUUCGUAAAAGGUCAGAUAUUUAUUACUUAAGCAGGGCACCAAACAAUUUAUAGUGAUGACAAUAAAAGGUCGGUCGAGGUUUAUAUAGCAAAUUUCCUUCACUCUUUGUUAGUCAUACGUUCCUCCUCCUUCUUCUCUUGUUAAAAUCUACUGAUUAUAAUAAAGUGUACACAAUAUACAUAAGUACUUGAUUAUAAAGAUAAUAGAUUUUAGAGAGUGUUAUCGACGCUAUUGGUGCGAUAUGCAAAUUGUACAUAUGAAUAGCCAGCAACUAAACUCUCCUACUAAACUAAUUUGAUUGUGAUUACAGGCAAGUCAUUUAUGAUAUUAUUAUUUAAGUUUCAACCAACAUGAUUAUUCUUGCAAGUUAAAACUUUGUAUUAUAUUAUUGCAUACUGCUACAUAUGAUUGCACUCUUGAAAUAAUUUCGCUGUUGAUUAUAUUUAUACAUAAAUAGUUGCCGUACUUAUUUGCGUGGCCUGCUGCUUGAUUUUGUGAAUGAAAUGAUAGUCUGAAAACCGUAGGAUUUAUGGGUGCAAAAGGCUUGUCUAGUCAGGUUGCAUAAAAUUAAGUGUUAUGUAAUUACUCGUAAUUAGUUAGUUAUUAUACAAUACAGCUCCGAUUGAAUUCCACUUAAAGUUAACCAUACACAAGUCUAACAAUUAAAUAGAUAUGUGCUAAACCUGAAUCAGUGAGACUAUCCCUACGUAAGUACUUGAUCGUCAUCGUUAAGGAAAUCAAGAGUUUAAGAAAAUCUACAAUACUUCAAAUACCCUACUUCUACUUUACUUUUGAAAAUAUGACCUUACAGUUCCCAAAGUUGUUGAGAGAUUUAAAAAAAAUUCCGAAAUCUGCAGGUUCGAUUUUACCAGUAACUACAUAAAUAUAUUUAUGUAGAGCCCGGGUACUGCGACGUUUAAUUGAAUGAAUUCGUGGAUAAAAGUUUAUAAUAAUGUUACGAACAUGUUAGCAAAAGUAAAAGAUAAAUUCGCACAAUGCAAAAGUUUAACAUAUUCCGACAAUGUAAACUCGACAUUUAAGUAUGAAUGGAGGUGUUGUGCAAUACGCUCCGAAUUGUUACUUACGUAUAAUAUUUAUAACGAGUACGUAAACCAAUUACUUGAGAUUUUUUGACUCCGACUUGUUAUUGCUUUGUGUUAUACUAUUCUAUCAAACCGUAUUAUGCAUCUCAAACACGAUAAUUGUCUAGUGAAUUACUUAAUGUUGACCAUCUCCCACUGUACUAUUUUUAUUGCAAUCUUUGUCACAUUUAUUUUAGCAGUAUGAUAAGUCAUUACCUAUGUAUAUGCAGAAAAAUUAAGCUUGUACUGUAUCCAAUACAUGAAAGUUGUUGUUACAAAGCUUUUGUAAGUUCCGUUUGAUCUUUUUGGGUCAAACAUUACAAUAUAGGCAUGUGUUUUUAUAGCUCUGUGAUAUCUUUACCACUUCGAAUAAGUAAAACAAAAUAAAAACUUAAGUGUUUUUUAUAACAAAACUAA